AUGCCGUUGUGUCUCGUGGAAGACUUUGAGAAUGAGAUUCUCAGUUUGGAUUUUCUGGAUGAAUUCGAUCCGUCGGCCUCCCUAGACGCCGGAAAGGCCGGGAUUUUUGUUUUUUACCAAAAUGACGUCGAUGGUAUCGCCGCUAUGUUUAUUCUCGAGCAUCACGCAAGGUUCAGGAAUGGACUAAAGCUGGCAAAUCUGCCAGUAUCCACAGAGUCGGAUGUUUACACCUUUAUCAAAAAGAGCCUCUCAAUACAAUCGGCAUAUCCAGAUCUCAAGGACGGGGAAUGGUAUUUUUUCGUUCAAAACGAGGAAGAAAUGGCAAUAGAAGAACAGGAAUAUGAUGAAAUGAGUGGUAUUUACCACUGCAAUUCAAUCGCAUCGAUAAUGGAGCAAAUAUCAAAGGCAACACACGAAGCAAAUCAAGCAGCAAUUAUUUAUGCAGCUUCAGUUGGUAUUUUAAGCAAAGCGGAGCAUUCGAGUGGGAUACACUUGAAUGUGAAUGCACGAAUUACGGAGCUUUUCCAAAAAACUUUUUUGCUCGACGGAGGACCGUUUACAUCGUAUGAUUCAGAAAAGUCGUUAUUGCCACUCAUUAUGUUUACAUCAGUCGAAGAAGCACUCAGAAUUAGUCCAAGUGUUUUGGUCUAUGAUCCAAGGAGAACACCAGAGACUCUAGCUGAUCUCAGGAUUCACUGCAAUCUCAAGCCAGAUGAGUUUACCGCAGAAUUUUGUAAUUUAGAUUUGGUAAGUUUAAUGAAUGUGAACUACUAG